AUUCAACGUCUGAUGAAUCAAAUUUGUAUAAGGACCUUCGAUAAUUGUUCAGUUUCGUGUGAAUUUUCCAUCGAGACAUAUUUUGUGCAAGUAUUUCCCAGAACGGCAAUAUUAACAACAUCAAAACGCCCGCUUACUUAAAUUUUCGAAGUGUACAUGUUUAAGCAUACAUUUAAAAUGCAUGUUUUGUCCCUUGUAACUUUGAAAGCACUUGGGACGUACUCCAAAGUGUAACUUUUUUUGGUACUAAAUCUAAACCGCAAAAUUGAGUUCUAUGAAAAAUGGCUGGGUGUUUAUUUCGCUUACUGCUUGACAUGUAGUGGGUGAACAUCGAGACACAAAAAGUUCAUAUCAUAUCCACACACCCAGUCUGGUAACUCCUGAGGCGUCGAAAUCUUUGAAUACCGUGUACCUUCUUAAAGCAUCAGGUUUUCCACCUCAUGCACAGUACAGGACAGUGCUCAUUUGUGUUGAAACCCACGAGGCUGGCGAAAACCCCCUUAAAUUGCAGUUCGAGGAUUGGAAAUUGAAGGUGAAAUGAAUGUGCUGCCUUCCCAGGAAUGCGUCUUGAAAACUUCAACUGCAGUACAUGGUCCUUCAAGGCCACUACAUAAAAAAUAAACAUUAUUUGGUACACAUCAGCAAGCACUCUGAUCUGGUUGCCAAUGCAUUUCAUACCGAUACUGUUGUGCAAGAUGUCGGUCGUCAUUAUAUUGCAUGCCUGAGCCGUCGGGUUAGUCAUUUGCAUUUAAAUUCCGUAAGGUAACCCUUUUGGUAACUUAAUCCCUAUUCAAAUUCCCUGUCCUCUGCCCUUUCAAAUUACGACUGCGAAGAAAGUGCAGUGCCAAAAACCUCCUACGCAAAAGUGGAGAUUUAUGGGGGGCGUGUAGACCUUUUCAGAGAGCGAAGUGAACCGUGGCGUUUGGGAAAUCACACAGUGGGGCUGCGGAUCCAUCAUGGCGGACCUGGAACCGAGCUCUGAGAAGAGAGAGCGGAUACUUCAGGCUCUGGACCAGGCAAGCCAGCAGGGGGCUUCCAGUCAGGAAGAGCAAGAUGGGAAAGCUACGAAGCCUGCGGCGAGGACCGAGGGGAGGAAAAAGGAUUCGAACUGGGGCUCCGGGACGGGAGAGAGCACACCCUUCUGGGAGCUGGUCUGGGACUGCUUUCACGUGAACGCGAUGGUCCUGGAAAACAAGCUGAUAUACUUCAUGCUGAGCGCUGGCACCGCCGGGGUCUUGCCGUUCCUGUCCACGCACGGGCUAACGUGGGGACUGCCGCCUUGGCACUUUGGGUUGGCGGUCGGCGCCGGGCUACUAGUGGCGUUCGUCUUCGUCCCCGUCUGGGGCUUCGCUGCCGACAAGCUCCGCUGGCAUCGGGGCAUGCUCUGGGCAGUUGUGCUGCUGUGGAUGGCCUUCACCAUCCUUGCCGUGUACCUCCCUUACCAGCCGAAGCCGGCACCUUGCGAGGUAGCCCAGGGUUUGCUCCUGGAGACCCUGGAUGUCUCGUGCGAGGGGGAUGACUUCAAUUCUCCUGAGAGCAGUGAGCGUAGACAUUCCUCCUUCGGCUACCUAGGCCACUAUCCCGUCGUCUUGGAGACGUGGCCUGAACCUUGCACUGUAGACAUUGGGCAGGUCUGUUCCUCCUUUAAUGACAGUGAAGUUAUGCCUCGCCUUACCUCACUCACCAAUUCAUCCGUCCCAGAUUGGGAAGUGGGAACGAAGGACUCCUCGCCUCCACCGAAUUUUACGAAGGUUGAGGCACCCUCGUUGUCAGAGAGGACCCCAGUCACACCCGAGGUCCAGGAGGCGCCCGGCGGCGUGCUGCGACAGACGCACCUCGGCUGGCUGUACGACCAGGCGAUGCUCCACCGAGCCUCCCUCGUCGUGUUCAUCCUUGCGGCCGCAGGAUGUGCGGCCCAGAUCUCUAGCUUCUCUCUGGCGGAUGCGGCGGCUCUAAUGUCUCUCGGUGAGGCGCAGAGAGAUCGCUACGGCUGGCAGAGAUGCUUUGGAACACUGGGAUUUGCUCUGUCGUUUGUUGUGGUUUCUGUUUUCUUAAACGAGUCCCGACAGACUAAACUCAGUUGCGGAGUCACGUGGGAGCAGACUGACUAUUUCUUGGGCGUGGUGGUGUUCGCGGGCUUCAUGACCAUCGGCACUCUGCUGGCCAGUUGCUUGCGUUUCAAGCACAAUGACAUGUCUUCCCAGCAUACUUUGGGGCACGUGACUGGGGUCAUCUUCUCACGAAAGUUCUCCACCGUGUUCGUCACCGCGUUUUUCCUGUCUUUCUGCAGCAGCGCAGUGCGCACCUUCCUCUCGUGGCAUUUGCACGAACUAGGCGGAACUUCCAUCCUCUUGGGCGCCGCCAUCUUGGUGUUCACCCUGGCCGACAUCCUGACGUCGUUCUGCACUGUCUGGAUCGUCAAGAAGGCCGGGUACCAUAUCCCGCUGGUUGUCGGCAUCGUCGGUUACUGCCUGGUCUACCUGAGCUAUGCCCUUCUGUCUCGGCCUGGCUGGGUAGUGGUCAUCGAAAUUAUUCACGGUGCAUCUUAUGCCGUUACUCUGAACACGAUGACAUCGUUUUUAGCUUCGUCCGUGGCGCUUGUCAGUCAAGCCUCCGUCCAAGGUCUGCUGAAUGGUAUCUACUGGGGUCUGGGCCCAGCCGCGGGGACGGCCCUGUUUGGCUUUCUCGUUGACGUCAUUGGUCCAACACUGUCGUUCUACAUCCUGACGCUGGUUUGCGUAGUAUACGGACUGGUUUUUCUCGUCUGGAAUCGGAAUGAAUUGCCGCUGAUCGACAGAUAUCUUCCUGGUGAGUACCAGCCUGUGAAUCAGGACGCUGACUGAACGGACGCACAGAGGCGAGCAAGUCUAUUGAAUUUACAUUGCCAGACACCAUCCAGGCACCAUCCAGGCUCGUUACAAAUUUCUGUGUGUGUCUUUAAAUUCAUGCAACUGACACUUUUUUUCCACCAAUUUACUUUCUGUAUGUUAAAGUGAAUUCUAAAAAAAUUGCUCAAAAAUGUGACACUGCAACCAAAGUGCCCAGUUUUACUCUUAGUUUAAUUUUGUUUAUUAGGUUUAACUUCAAAACCCAAUUAUUUGGACAGUCGAACUGAACAUUCUUUACUUUUCUAAAGGAAGAAAAAAACAAAGUGACCCGCUCCAGCGAAAGGAGUCGAGCUUCUUCAUGACUUUUUUGUUAAGAAGUGAAUUUUAACCAAUUUUUUUACUAGAGAAAUAAAAUGUGAAGCUUUAGGGCUUGAAAUUAUACCAACCCAGGCACAAUCCUGGUAAACUGAGAAAAACUCAAUGAUUUAUGUAUAUCAAACGGAGGAACUAGGACAUGAUCCAUGUAAUGUAAGCCCCAUAUAGGGAGGACUAAAAGUGUGAAAAGUCCAUAAGAUUCACAAAUACUACUGAGCAAGAAAGAUAAAAAGAAUUAUUCCUCGCAAGGUUAUUUUCUUGUCACAGAUCUGGCUGCCCCAAAAUUAUUUCUUCCGAUUCUCCAACCAAUGAUUGAUUGAAAAAUGCGAAAGGGGUUUUCUAUAAUACCUAUAGGUAGCCUUGAUGUUCGGCUCCAACAUGUUUGUGACAUAGUUGACUUCACUUUUUUAUUUGCAUUAAGAAGCAACUGUUGAAGUUGCAUUAUAAAAUUUAUCCAACCGGCAAAGUCUAUAGCCAUUGGUGGAAAAUGCACUGAAAUUUAAAUAUUUUAUUUGCAAACUUAUUUCCUGCGAAUGGAAUACCUUAACGGUUAAGCAAUUCAGUUUAUUUUCUUUAAACUUUAACGUUAAUAUUGCUAUCAUUGUAAAAAAAAUUAAUGUGUACUUUAGCAAGCAAAACAAUACAGUAUAAAAGCUAUUUUGCUUGCUCAUUCAUGCUUAAAAAGGUAUUCCUUCGAUGUUAUUUGAUAAACCAUGUCAAUUUUUGGUAUAAAACAGAGGACUAACAGUUCACAGAACCAAUUUCACCUUUAACUCGUGCGUGAACUAAUGAGCACGACACGAGCAAAUUUUAAAGAACUUUCUCCGCGUGCCUUUAAAUAUUCACAUUGUCAUACAAGUGCACUGUGUGCAAGAAUUACUAAUAUAAUCAACUAACUAUUUAUCGGUGAUUGUCCAUUUUUUUUAAUCAAAAUCAACAAAUUUUGGCAGUUGAUUUAUGUCAUUCUAGAGACAGGCUAGUGAAUGAAACUCAAAAAGGCAAGGCCCUCAAAAUUUAUUUUCUUGAUCUGACAUCACAAUUUCACGUCAGAGUGUUAUGCCCUUUUCCAUACGGAAAUUAAGGAGAGUUCAUUGAUUAUGCUGUUUGACCUGUACUGUAUAAACAAAUAAUAUCCAUGUUUGCAAAAGUAUUUUAUACCA